UUUAACGAAGCUUCGGAAUAAUGGCUUUGGGAGGGGCUCUACACGUGAGCUCGAAAGCGGAGCUGAAGUGGAAGGAGAAGCUGAAGAAGAAGGCCAAGUCCGGAGGAUUCGAGUCCUUAGGCCUCAGCUCCAAUGUCUUCAGAGCAAUCAAGCGGAAGGGCUACAAAGUCCCCACCCCGAUCCAGCGCAAGACCAUGCCGCUCAUACUCGCCGGCGCCGACGUCGUCGCCAUGGCCCGCACUGGUUCUGGAAAGACCGCCGCCUUUCUUGUCCCUAUGAUCGAGCGGCUGUGCCAACACACCCCUCAGAGCGGCGCCAGGGCUCUUGUCUUGUCCCCCACUCGGGACUUGGCUCUCCAGACCCUCAAGUUCGCCAAGGAACUCGGCCGCUUCACGGAUCUUCGUAUUAGUUUACUAGUUGGUGGCGAUAGCAUGGAGAGUCAAUUUGAAGAAUUAGCACAGAGUCCUGAUAUUAUAAUUGCAACUCCGGGUAGGCUCAUGCAUCAUUUGUCCGAGGUUGAUGACAUGUCGUUGCGCACAGUGGAAUAUGUUGUUUUCGACGAAGCAGAUUGUCUAUUUGGCAUGGGUUUUGCGGAGCAGCUGCAUAAGAUUCUUGCACAGCUGAGUGAGAAUCGUCAGACCUUGCUUUUCAGUGCCACAUUACCCAGUGCCCUUGCCGAGUUUGCCAAGGCUGGUCUGCGAGACCCUCAGCUUGUGCGGCUUGAUCUGGAAACUAGGAUUAGCCCUGACCUCAAGGUUUGCUUUUUUACCUUACGACAGGAAGAAAAACACGCCGCUCUACUCUAUUUGAUAAGGGAGCAAAUUAGUUCCGAUCAGCAGACGUUGAUAUUUGUGUCCACCAAACAUCAUGUGGAGUUUCUCAAUACGUUGUUUAGAGAAGAGGGAAUUGAGCCCUCUGUAUGUUAUGGUGAUAUGGAUCAAGAUGCUCGCAAGAUUCACAUAUCAAGGUUUAGAGCAAGAAGGACUAUGCUGCUAAUUGUGACGGAUGUUGCAGCAAGGGGCAUCGACAUUCCAUUGCUUGACAAUGUCAUCAACUGGGACUUCCCCCCAAAACCUAAAAUUUUUGUUCAUAGAGUUGGACGAGCUGCAAGGGCAGGUCGUACCGGUACUGCAUUUUCUUUUCUGACAUCUGAGGAUAUGCCUUAUCUUUUGGAUCUUCAUCUAUUUCUCUCAAAACCUAUUAGAGCUGCGCCCAAUGAAGAGGAGGUUUUGAGGGACAUGGAUGGAGUAAUGUCCAGGAUUGAUCAAGCAACUGCAAAUGGAGAAACUGUCUACGGGCGUUUUCCCCAGACUGUUAUUGACCUUGUUUCAGAUAGAGUUAGGGAAGUAAUUGAUUCUUCCGCGGAGCUGACUUAUAUGCUGAGAACCUGCACCAAUGCAUUUCGCUUGUAUUCAAAAACCAAACCAUUACCUUCAAAGGAGUCCAUUAGAAGAGCAAAGGAUUUACCCUGUGGAGGCUUGCACCCAAUAUUCAGAAGUAUAAUGGGAGGUGGAGAAUCAAUGGCUUUAGCAUUUUCUGAGCGCCUGAAAAUGUUCAGACCCAAGCAGACUAUUCUUGAAGCUGAAGGCGAAGCUGCUAAAUCAAAGCAUCUGCAGGGCCCUUCUGGUCAAUGGGUUGAUGUAAUGAAGAAAAAGAGAGCUAUUCAUGAAGAUAUUAUUAAUUUGGUGCAUCAACAACGCUCUAUCAAUCAUGUGGAGAAGGAAGUCAUUCCUGAAGUCACUUCUUCCAAACAGAAGAAAAAAGAAGCUCGUGGGUCUAAAAGAAGGGCAAAGAGCUUCAAAGAUGAGGAGUACUUUAUAAGUUCAGUACCAACAAAUCAUCAUAUGGAAGCAGGACUAGCAGUAAGAGCUAACCAAGACUUCGGAUCAAAUAGGUUGGAAACUGCAGUCCUAGAUUUAGUUGCAGAUGAUGGUGCGGGCAUGCAGAAACAGAAGUCUCACUUUCACUGGGACAAGAGGAGUAAAAAGUAUGUCAAGCUAAACAAUGGUGACCGUGUUACAGCUAGUGGAAAGAUAAAGACAGAGAGUGGUGCAAAAGUAAAAGCCAAUAAAACCGGGAUAUACAAGAAGUGGAAACAACAGUCACACAAUAAAAUAUCUCUUAAAGGAACCAUGAAUGAAGGGAAUGCCGAGGAAUCCAGGAGCAUGUCAGGGCAUCUUAGAUCGCAAGGAAAUAAUAGAAAGUUUAAAGGGAGCAAGAAGCAGCAUUAUGUGCCUAAUGCUCAUGUACGUUCAGAAAUUAAAGAUCUAGAUCAAGUUCGGAAAGAUAGGCAGAAAAAGGCAAACAAAAUCUCCUACAUGAAGAACAAUGGCAAGUCUGGUAAGGGGAAAAAAUUUAAUAGAAAUGGCAAAAGAGGGAAGGGUAAGUAGUGAAGUCACCGAAAAAGAUGGUUUUGUGCCGUUCGGGUGCUCUCAGAAGAAGAUUCUUUGCAAUUAGAAUGGGGAAAAGAGUGCCUGAAUUUUUCACAGCCAACUACAUGUUUUGUGGUUUUGUGUUUGGAUCAAGACUGCUUAAUCAGCUUGCCCGUGUAAUUGAAUUAAAAUAUGCACGUAUUUGAGUGCACAACAGCUAAAUUUGUUAA